GACCCACAGCGACACCGUCAGGCGGGCGGGAGCUAACCAAUAGUCCACAUUGGCUUGACUGGCUGAAUCCUGCUAGCUUGGUUCACGUUAGCCUGGCUGCCAACGAACAACCACGAACAGACACGUAGCCCAGCAGACAGACGCUCCGCGACCCUGCCGCUGGAUACCAGGCACAUGUUCGGUUCCUUCGGAGCCACUACUUGCGGGGGGAAGAAAUGCUAUCCACGAAUAGGCAUCUGAGCACCGCGCACUAAAAAAACAAAGCUCCCGAUCCAGCCAUGUUCGGCACAGAGUCGUCACUAAGCAUGUUUCUCAACACCCUGACACCCAAGUUCUACGUGGCUCUGACGGGCACCUCCUCCCUCAUAUCAGGACUCAUUUUGAUCUUUGAGUGGUGGUACUUCAGGAAGUACGGCACCUCCUUCAUCGAGCAGGUGUCUGUGAGCCACUUGCGCCCCCUGCUGGGCGGCGUGGACAGCAGCUCCCCCAGCAGCUCCAGCACCAGCAAUGGUGAAGCUGACUCAAGUCGGCAAAGUGUGUCGGAAUGUAAAGUUUGGAGAAACCCGUUGAAUUUAUUUCGAGGAGCCGAGUACAAUCGGUACACGUGGGUGACCGGCCGAGAGCCACUGACGUACUACGACAUGAACUUGUCGGCCCAGGACCACCAAACCUUCUUCACCUGCGACUCUGACCACCUGCGGCCCGCCGACGCCAUCAUGCAGAAGGCAUGGAGGGAGAGAAACCCGCAAGCGCGCAUCUCGGCCGCACACGAAGCUCUGGAACUGGAAGACUGCGCGACGGCGUACAUCCUCCUGGCAGAGGAGGAGGCCACCACCAUCAUGGAGGCUGAGCGCCUAUUCAAACAGGCGCUGAAAGCCGGUGAGGGAUGCUACCGCCGCAGCCAGCAGCUACAGCACCACGGCACGCAGUACGAAGCCCAGCACAGAAGAGACACCAACGUGUUAGUGUACAUCAAGAGGAGACUGGCCAUGUGCUCCAGAAAGCUUGGCCGGACGAGAGAGGCGGUGAAGAUGAUGAGAGAUUUGUGUGUUUUCCAGUUAAUGAAGGAGUUCCCUCUUCUCAGUAUGUUCAACAUCCACGAAAACCUGCUGGAGUCACUGCUGGAGUUGCAAAAUUACGCCGACGUGCAGGCCGUACUUGCCAAGUACGAUGAUAUCAGCUUACCCAAAUCUGCAACAAUAUGCUACACAGCAGCUUUGCUCAAAGCCAGAGCCGUGUCAGACAAGUUCUCUCCAGAAGCUGCGUCUAGACGAGGUUUGAGCACCGCAGAGAUGAAUGCAGUAGAAGCAAUUCACAGAGCUGUGGAGUUCAACCCUCACGUUCCCAAAUACCUUCUGGAGAUGAAGAGUCUGAUCCUUCCUCCAGAGCACAUCCUCAAGCGAGGAGACAGCGAGGCCAUCGCGUACGCCUUCUUCCACCUGCAGCACUGGAAGCGCAUCGAGGGAGCGCUCAAUCUGCUGCACUGCACCUGGGAGGGCACGUUCAGAAUGAUCCCGUACCCUUUGGAAAAAGGUCAUCUCUUCUACCCUUAUCCCAUCUGCACAGAGACGGCAGACAGAGAGCUGCUACCCACAGUGUUCCACGAGGUGUCGGUGUACCCCAAGAAGGAGCUCCCCUUCUUCAUCCUCUUCACGGCCGGCCUCUGCUCCUUCACCGCCAUGCUGGCUUUGCUCACGCAUCAGUUCCCGGAACUCAUGGGCGUCUUUGCCAAAGCGUUCCUGAGCACGCUGUUUGCACCACUCAACUUCAUCAUGGAGAAAGUGGAGAGCAUCCUGCCGUCCAGCCUCUGGCACCAGCUCACACGCAUCUGACAAACUUGACUCUUUUUUUGUUUUUGUUUUGUUUUUUGGAUUAUUUAAAAAAGGUCUUUGUUGUACAAAAACAAGUUGCCAUCAUUAAAAAAUGGGGGGCGGGGGGGACACAACAUAGUGUUCCCUCACUAUGUCGCGGUUCAUCAUUCGUGACCCCCCCCCAACAUUAAAACGCAGUGAGUACACUCAUGCAGAAUCGGUUGUCGACCACUGCCCUCGCUCUGAGGCUCACUCACUACUAUCAGACCCUCCUUGAGUCACAUACAAAGACUUAGUCCAUGUACGAGUAGCCUCAAUUCAGUACUCUUGAAGACUGAAUACGGCCCAUUCAUAGAACAAAUGUCUCAUGAGCAACCCCACUGCCAAUGCAACUUUUGGCCUACCAGUACACAAUAAAAUUUGACUAGUUAACUACUGGGCGGCCCGGUAGUCCAGUGGUUAGCGCGUCGACCUCACAGUGCAGAGGCACUGGGUUCAAUUCCAGCUCCGGCCUCCCUGUGUGGAGCUUGCAUGUUCUCCCCGUGCUUGCGUGGGUUUUCUCCGGGUACUCCAGUUUCCUCCCACAUUCCAAAAAACAUGCAUGGCGGGCUGAUUGUAAAAUCAAAAUUGUCCCGAGGUGUUUUUUUGUCUGUGUGUGUCCACUAGGGGGUGCCAUUAGUCCAAAUACUGUGAUUCCUGUGAAAGACGGGUUUUAAAUUUCUCUAUUGAGAAAUUAAUAUCAAGUUCAUCGAUUAAAAAUGUAAUAAUUCCCUGA